UCCCCCUCCCCUGGCGGCCAUCACAGGAGACCAACACCAGCUUCCCUGCCCUGGAGAAGCCCUAGAUGAGGAAACUGAGACCCCAAAAAGAGACAGUAACUUACUCAAGGUCACAUCCAACAUGCAGACUCCUGCUACGAUGUCUCUGCUGCUUGUGUCCAUAGUCCUCAUGGAAGCACUUCAGAGCCACCCCAUCACCCGACGAGGACUCUUCUCUCAAGAAAGGCCCCUGGACAUGGCCCCAACCUCCUUCGAUGACCAGUAUGCUGGCUGUGCAGCAGCCAUGACAGCUGCUCUCCCAGAUCUCAACCGCACGGAGUUCCAGGCCAACAAAGUGUAUGCUGACAGCUGGGUGCUGGCCAGCAGCCAAUGGCAGGAGCGCAAAGCUUGGGGGCCAGAGUGGGGCCUCAGCCACACCCUGAUGUCCCCACCACCCCCCGGCUUCCGUGAUGAGCAUGGGGUGGCCCUCCUGGCCUACACGGCCAACACCCCCCUGCACAAGGAGUUCAAUGCGGCCCUGCGCGAGGCAGGCCGCACCCGCAUCCACUACCUCCAGCACUUCUCCUUCAAGACAUUCCAUUUCCUGCUGACCGAGGCCCUGCAGCUGCUGAGCAGGGCCCAGCGUUCUCCCCAGUGCCGCCAGGUGUUCCGAGGGGUGCAAGGCCUGCGCUUCCAGCCAGCAGGGCCUGGAGUCACCAUCCGGCUGGGGGGCUUUGCCUCGGCGUCCCUGAAGAACGCCACAGCCCAGCAUUUCGGCGAGGAAACCUUCUUUGGCAUCUGGACCUGCCUUGGUGUCCCUAUCAGGGGCUACUCCUUCUUCCCUGAGGAGGAGGAGGUGCUAAUCCCCCCCUUUGAGACCUUCCAGGUGAUCAACAGCAGCAGACCUGCCCAGGGCCCCACCCGCAUCUACCUCCGGGCCCUGGGCAAGCACAGCGUGUACAACUGCGAGUACAUCAAAGACAAGCAGUGCAAGUCUAGGUCCUGCCGACUAGAAAACUCAGCCAUGGGUCAGGGCCCUCUGUCUACAGUCUGGUCCCUUCCUCUGCUCCUCUGGUUCCUGGUCGGGGGAGUCUUCCCAGAGAGUCCAGGCCUCCUCUGACCCAUCAGACUCUGAACAGCCCUGCCUGCCACCUCUGCCCAACAUGAGGACGUCGGCCACAUGUGUGCUUUACUAUAAGCGUAGCCAAGAUCCGUAGAAAUGCCACCUGCAGGGAACUCUGGGACCUUCUCUGGCAGCUGCCAGGCCUGAUGGUGGAGAGAUAGAAUUUUGGGCCUGAACUUUACCCAGUGCUCUAGGAGUGAGACAUUGAAGAGAGGUAGGGGGACUCCAGGACAGGCAACAACUCACUUGGAGGUAGAAGAUGAAACUCGUUUGGGCGUGGAGGUGCUGGGAGGAAAGCACGUGCCAUUGUA